CAAAAACAAACUCUAAUCGUACGCAAAGAUUCUUAUGAAACCAAACAAAAAGACAUCAAAACUGCAGCCAAUAAAAAGAAGUUGGAGCGUUCAACAAAAUGCAAUAGUUUUUCUCACACGCAAAGUACAUUUUACAUAAACUGUGAUUAUGAGUUCCACAAAAUCUCAAGUAGCCCUUGCUACAAAUAUUCCAACCAACUUAGCCUCCGCCUCAGCCACCUCCACUGCGGCCACCGCCGUUGUUGUUGUCGCCGCCGUUGCCAGCAACAAUUCAACGACGUCACCAGCAACUGCAGCAACUGCAGCAGCAGCGGGAGCAGCAGCAGCAGCGACUACAACUGCAACAGCAGCUGUGACGUCAUCGACAGCAGCCGCAAGUGCAGCGACAACAACAGCAACAACAAUAACAACAGCAGCCAGCAACAACAACAACAACAACAACAACUGCAACAGCAACAACAACGAGGAGCAAUCGAACGCCUCCAAUUUGGGGCGUCAAAACAGUUUUGGCAAUAAACGCGGCAACAUGAAGGGCAAACAUCUUACACGCAGUCAUGCCAUGCGCGAGUCCACAUCGCCGCCACGCACGCCAACGCCGCGAGGCGUUGCCGAGCAACAUCAGCAACACCCCAGCGAUGCCCACGAGCACAACAACAACAAUGCCAUACUUAACAACAACAAUAAUAGCAAUACAAAUACCAAUAGCAAAGCACAAUCAAGUGGACGCGGCAACUCGCCGUUGAUGGAAACGCCCGCUGUGAUUGUUACUAGUCAGCAGCAACAGCAACAGCAACAGCAGCAGCAGCAGCCGUUGAAUGUGCCGCUGCGCGACGAGGCUGAGUUUCCCAAGUUGUCGCCGCCCAAGAAAUCUGGAGCUGGACAUCAUAAUCGCACCAAUAGCAAUGGCAGCUCUGGCAUUGAAUACAACAACAAUAACAACAAAAAGUAUGUGGUAGACAUGAAGGCCAACGGACUGGACAAGCAUCACAACAACAACAGCAGCAACAGCAACAACAGCCACAACAGCAACACCAACAACAACAACAACUCAAACAACAACUCGUCAUCCGCGCUGCUCUACAAUUCGGGCAUGAAUUAUAAGGCCGCCGAGCGUCAUGAGCGCCAUGAGCGUCACGAGAUGUCCAGCCAGAAUAGCAAUCUCAGCAAUAGCAAUCACGAGGAGGAGCUGUAUCACUAUGAGCGCGGCUCGGGCGGCGGCGGCGGUGGCAAAAAGCAUCGCGCCAAUACCAACUCGAAGGGCUCCAAGCCGCGCUUGAAGAACCUUAGCUCGUCCGGCAGCAUCGAUGGCGGCAACAGCAUGAAUUGUGGCGGCGGCGGCGGGGGCAAUGGUCAAACAUUGGGCGGCAACAAUAAUUCCAACAAUUCGAGCAACAACACCUCGGGCUUUAUAUCGCGCGAAAACUCGAGUGAACAGUACACGGACUUCGGCGGCACAGAUCUGUUGACAUUCUUUCGCGAUACGCUCAAUAAGAAUCCCAAGGAUAGAAAUAUUCUGUUGAAAAUCGAAAAGGAUUUAAUGGACUUCGUACAGGAAAAGGGUCGUGGCUGUGAGUUUCGCUUUCCGUCGACCUCGUCGUACAAUCGCAUGCUGAUACAUCGCACGGCUGCUUUCUUUGGCAUGGAUCACAACGUGGACUCGGAGACGCAGCAGUGCGUCAUUGUGGCCGUCACCAAGGGCACACGCAUACCAGAGAUUCGCUUCAAGUCGCUGGUGCGUGCUGAUCAUCGCGAAGAUGCGCGCAAGUCAAUUCUGAAACGGGAUACGCACAGCUUCGAUGAGGUGCGUCAGUCGCCGUAUCUCUGCCCGGAGCGUCUCAUGCUCGACCGCAAGGCCAAGAGCUUUGAGGAGCGCGAGGAGGAUUACGAUCGUGCGCGCAGUCGCAUCUUCAAUCGUACCGCACAGCAGGACGGCUACCCAGGCGACGAUGACGCUUAUGGUGGUGGCUGGCACAAUGCAGUCGAGCAGCAGCAGCAGCAGCAACAGCAACAACAGCCGCCCAGGCCCAAGCGCCCCAAUGGCAAAAUGCUGCAGAUGCAGAAUUCGACGGAAUCGCGCGAUGGCGGCGGCAUGAGAUCUGGCGGUGCUGUGCCCAAGUCUCAUAACUUUGGCAAUUAUGGUGGACCGCCCAGUGCUGGGGGACCCGGUGGCGGCGGCGGCGGUUCGCUGCCGCGCGGCGACUCAACCAAUUCGAAUAAGAGCGGACGCGGCGGCUUUGCCAAGCAGGACUCGACCGGCAGCACCAGCACGCCCUGGCGCCUGUCGCCCUCGAGCAGCGGCUACAAGACACGCACCCAAUCCGUGCGCUCCGAUUCCGUAACGCCCUCGCCCACGGGCUAUGGCAGCGAUAGGCAGACGCCGGAGUUCAGCCAGCCGCCGGCGCAGGGCACAUCCUCCAAUCGGGGCAUGGCCUCGUACCUGCAGCAGCAGGCAGCCGCAGCCGCAGCGACAACAACACCAAUUGCAACAACAACGUCCAGCACACCAGAAUCGGCGGCAACAGCAUCGGGACUCGUCUGGGCCGUCACAGACAUUUCGAGUGUGCCAAUUGGCAGCGUCCUCAUUGAUCCGCAAACCCUCCAACCAAUUCUCAAUGCAGACGGCUCCAUUUACCACUACGACCCGUCCAAUUUGCCGCCGAAUCAGGCGCUGCAGCACGGUGGCAACAAUGGCGGCAACUAUCAGACGAGCGGCAACUAUGCGCCCAACUAUCGCAAGUCCUCGCCACAUCAACCGCUGCCGCCGUCGCCAAUGCAGCAGCAGCAGCAGCAACAGCAGCAGAUCUACAACAAUGAGCUGUCCUGCAGCUCCACGGAGAGCUAUGCCGAGGAGGCGCAGUCGCCGGGCAUGGACUGCUCCGACAGCUACGAGAGCUACCAGAACGAGCAACAGCCGCAGCAGCAGCAGCAGCAUCAGCAGCAGCAGCAGCAGCAGCAGCAGCAGCUGUGCGAUUCGAACAGCGGCAAGGGCGACGAAUGUGAUAGUCUGUCCAGUGCCACGGCCUGUCUGAGCAUUACGACCUCGACCUCCACCAAGAACUAUGAUCGCAUCGAGGUGCAAAAGUACAAGAAUCAGGCAACAAGUCCCAACAUACCCGGCAGCUGCGACAAGGAGCUGGAGGCAGCGGCACAGCUGCAACAGCAGCAACAGCAACAACAGCAGCAGCAGCAACAACAGUUGCUGGAGCCGGAAACGGAAACAUUGGUGGCCACAGCCAGUGUUGUGUCAGCGCCAACGGAGCUGCCCGCCAGCCAAACGCCGUUGCCAGCGGCGUCCUCGUCGGCUCCAUUGAAUUGUGAUGCGCAAUCGGUGUCGCCCAGCAGCACGCCCUACAGCCAGUGCGAGGUGGUGAAGCCGGCCAGCCAGAGCCAAGCUCAGUUAGUUGCCGAGGAGCCGAAGACCACCACCUGGGCAUAUACGCAAAGCUACCAGGCACCGGAUGGUUCCACCGUUUUUCAUACCACAACCACGCCCAAUGGCGCGGCGCCCUACACAUAUCAGCAGGGGCCCGAUGGCAGCAUCUAUGCUGUGCCCCAGGGCAUGGUCUACACAGCGUAUCCACAGCCCACUGUCAGCGGCGCCGCCUCCCAGCCGCUCUUCCAGCUGGCGAGCAACAGCCAGCCAGCACAGGCGCUAUUUGCCUCACAGGAGGCAGCCGGUGAGCUGCCCGGCACCUACAUGAUACCUGUCUACGAACCGGCCCAGCAGCAGCGCGAUGGCUUGAUACCCGCCCAGGCCAUAUACCAGACGCCGGCUGGACCAGCUACGGCUGUGAUGCCGAUGGCCACCGCCACCUAUCCGACAGCACAAUUCGCUGCCGCUGCUCCUAAUGGUGCGCCCAUUUAUCAGGCGCCGCUGAUAUACUCCAGCGAUCCGCCUGCCGCUCAGCUACAACAGCUGCAACAGCUGCCGAUGGCCACCUAUCCGAUUGGCUAUCCGUAUCAUUACUAUCAGCCCAUACCCUACUAUGUGUCGCAGCAGGCGGUCGCAGCAGCGCCCAUGGUAGCCACUGCAGCAGCUGGACAGCCGCCCACGGGGCAGACGUCGAUCCAGGCCCAGGCGCAAGCACAGGCACAGGCUGCCGCCCAGCUGAAUCUCGCAACUGCCACAGCGGCUGGUCCGCCAACGGUAGCUGGCGGCCAGCAGUCCGGCAAUGGACACAGCUCCGGCAACAGCGCUGCUGGCGGCGGCGGCGGCGGCUAUAUGGGCGGUGCACGGGUCAAGCGUACGCCCGGUGGCGGCUCCAUACAUUACAAUGCCAGCUAUCCGCCAACUGCGGCUGGACAUGCCAAUGCACAGGUCACACAUCAUCCGGGCGCCGGUACUGCCCAUCAUCAGCUCAUCAGCACGCCCGGCGCCAGCACAACGACAACAUAUCAUGCGCUGCCUACGCUGACAUUGGCGCAUGGCGGCGCGGGGGCCAAUUCCGAUCUCAAUGCGGCCGCCGCUGCUGCUGCUGCAGCCGCUGCCGGUGCUCACGUUUAUGCGGUGCCCGCCCAGCAUGCCACGGCAUUGAUACCAACCAAUAUAUUCCCGUAUGCAACGGGCCAGCCGGGCGCACAGCAGGCGGGACCGCAUAAUGCGUUGCUCCAGCAGCAGCAGCAGCAACAGCAGCAGCCACCGCAGCCGCCGCCGUCGCAGCACACGGCACCACAUCAUGCUCUGAUCACAGCCGCACCCUUCUAUACGGCAGCCAGCGGUUCCAUGGAUGUAGCUGCGUCACAGUCAGCGCCCAGCACGCCAGCAGCGCCCGGACGUCAGGCGCCGCUGUUCAGCACACCGCCAGCGCCCAAUGUUGGCGGCAGCGCCAACAACAGCAGCAGCGCCGGCGGCAUCUCUGGCGGAGCGGGCGGUGCGGGCUAUCACAGCAACAGCUCGACGCCGCACUACUAUCACAGCCAGAGCAGCAACGAGGGCGGCUAUGGCACACCCUACGAGAAGCGCAACAAUGCCAGCAACCUGGGCUCGAGUGCACCCACCGGUCGCAAGCCCUACCAUCCGGGUGGCUACAAUCCGCGUCACUCGGUGCCGCUGGGCGGCAUGCCGUCGGGCGCCAAGACGCCGUUGCUCAACUCCAACAACGAGCCGACGCCGCGCGCCUCGCCCAGCAGCAUCAGCCUGGGAGGCGGACCGUCGACCUCGUCGAGCUAUCAUCAUGCCGCGCACCGCGGACCGCCGCAUGCGCUGGGCAAGCGCGACAAUAAGCCCACACAGAUGCCAUUAAUCAGCGGACCACCGCCCAGCUAUGCCACAUCGAGCAGUCCAGCUGGUGGCGGCGGUGGCGGUGGCUACGAGGCCAAGCCUCCGAUGCGGCUGAAUGCGGGCGCCGCCAGUUUUCGCAGCCAGAAGUCGAUAAAUGCGGACUUUCGACGCAGCGUCUCGCAGCGCAACUCGCCAAGCGCCAAUGGAGCUGGUGGCAACGGCGGCAACAGCAGCCACGAGAGCAGCAACAACUCGCCCAACAGUAUUGCGGGCGGCGGCGGCGGUGCCGGAAGCAACAACAACAGCGCCGCCAACACGCCCAAUGCACCCAAUGCACCGCCCGCCGGCAGCCUGGGCACACAGUACAUUGUGGUGGAUCAUUCGACGGGUACCGCUAUGAACGCCUCGCCGCCAUCCAUUUACCUGAGUGGUGGCGGCGGAGGCGGCGGCGGCAAUGCUGGCGGCAGCGGUGCCGGACCGCGUACAUCGCACAUUCCAGCCCAGCUGCAUCACAGCGCCGGAGCAGCAGCAGCUGCGGCGGCGGCAGCAGCCGCAGCCGGCCAACAGGCCACAGCGGUGCUCAGCGGCGUUGGCGUUGCAGCGGCUGCACUCGGCGGCUACAAUCCCAAUGGCGCGUCCGGUGUCUACAUCAAGUACGGCCAGACGUACUUUGCGCAUCCCUCGGUGGCCUUGCCCAACAGUCGACGUUCGCCCUCGAGCGAUAUCCGACCGCAGAUGGCACAGGUUGCCGGCAUGUAUCCCGCCACAAUGAUGAUACAAGCACCUCCACGUCAUCCAAGUCGUCAUCCGAAUCCGAACUACAAAGGUUCGCGUCCGCGGUAAAUCUGCCGCCCAUUGAACAACUGGCGGAUGCGCGCACCUUAAAAUACACACAAAAAACAAAAGAAACAAAAAACACAAAAAAAAAACAAACGAAAAAAAGUACUACAUAAACAUAACGGCAUACCUAAGAUAAAUAUAAAUAGCAACCUAAUCUAGUGGAACAUAAUGUAGUUGACAAAAACAAAAGAAAGCAAGAAGAAGAUGAAGAGGAAACAGAUAAAAGUGAAAGAGAGAAAGAGUGAAGAAGUAGAAAGUAGUUGAUGUAACAGAGGGCGAGUACAGAGCAUAGGAGCAAAAGGCCGCGGCGAGUUGGAUGGUAGCAGCAGAGCAGACUAU